GACAGUUUUCUGAAGCCAGCGAGGCAAACUCACACUACGUGUCAUGUAGACAGUUCUCGGCACGUAUUCAAAACCUGGUUUUGUUCUUUAUCUUUCUUUCUUGUUCUCGUCUUCUCUGCUUUCCUCUGUCUCUGUUUUUCAUUACCCUUUUUCCACAUAAACAACAAAAACAAGAAAAACACCAAACCAGACCAAGCCACACCAUGAUGGACAUUAGUCAACCGGAAGCUACCAACCUCCCUACCCAAAACUCCGACGACCGUCGAAGCUCCGUACCAUUCUCCACCGUCAAGCUCCAAGAACUUCCCCACCUGACGCACUACCUUCCGGACCUCCAGACCCACCCGAACCCGCUCCAAAACAACCGCUUCUACCAUACUUCCGACGGUCUCUACGUCAACCAUUCGGACGUCAUCCUCCGUCAGAUCGUCUACGAUCUCUCCGAAACCUUCCCGUCACCUUCACCCCACUUGGCCUACCACCAGGCCGGACCUCGAGAGCGUAUCUACUGCGACCCAACUUGGACCCAGGCAGCUAUCGUCACCUGCGGAGGACUAUGUCCGGGCGUCAACACCGUCAUAAGAGAGUUGGUUGUUGGCCUCUGGGAGCUCUACGGUGUUCGUCGGAUUUUCGGUAUCACCGCCGGAUUUCGGGGUUUUUACUCCAGAGAUUGCGUGGAACUGAACCCGAAGCUUGUGGAUAGCUGGCACAAGACGGGUGGUACUGCGCUUGAGACCUCCAGAGGUGGCUUUGAUCUUAAUAAGAUUGUGGAUGCUAUUCAGGAUCGUGGGUUUAAUCAGGUGUAUAUCAUAGGUGGAGAUGGCACGAUGCGUGGGGCUGUGAAUAUAUUCAAUGAGAUAUGUCGCCGAAAACUGAAUGUUGCGGUAGCUGGAAUCCCCAAAACAGUUGACAAUGAUGUAGGAAUCAUUGACAGAUCCUUUGGAUUCCAAACAGCAGUGGAAAUGGCCCAACAAGCAAUCAAUGCAGGUCAUGUGGAAGCUGAGAGUGCGGUUAAUGGAAUAGGAUUGGUGAAACUAAUGGGAAGAAGCACAGGGCACAUUGCUCUUCAUGCAACACUCAGCAGCCGUGACGUGGACUGCUGCUUGAUUCCCGAAAUAGAUUUCUACUUGGAAGGCAAAGGAGGGCUAUUCGAGUUUCUCGAACAGCGACUUAAAGAAAACGGACAUGCAGUAAUAGUAGUGGCUGAGGGAGCAGGACAAGAGUUGAUACCAAGAAAUGAUGCUGAGAAACAAGAGAGGGAUGAAUCUGGGAACCUAGUCCUUUUGGAUGUUGGUGGAUGGUUGAAGUCAGAGCUGAAGAAAUGGUGGUCUAGGAAGCAUCCGAAUGAGUUGUUUACAGUGAAAUAUAUAGAUCCCACUUACAUGGUACGUGCAGUUCCUGCCAAUGCUACGGACAAUACAUAUUGUACACUUCUAGCACAUUCAGCAAUCCAUGGAGUUAUGGCAGGAUACACUGGAUUUGUCUCUGGUCCUAUUAAUGGAAACUAUGCAUAUAUUCCAUUAGAAGAGGUUGCACAAGCUAAAAAUGUGGUCAAUACUAAGGACCAUAAAUGGUCAUGGGUCAGAUCUGUUUCCAGCCAGCCUGAUUUUGUGAGGAGCUAAACUUUUGAAACUAUGCUGCAUUUGAAUCUGAGAUAUUUUCAUUGAGUCUGAUCUUAGUCUCUGUGAAUUCUUUAUCAGACUUUUCCCCACUGUGUUAUAUGUGUGUUUUUUAUACAGAAUUUUGUAUCUUUUGAAAAUGCUGUUAAGAUAUAUUAGCAAUAAUCUUUAUCUGUCA